AUGACUGCAUUGGAUAAGGCCAUGCGGUCCAAGAAUGCUGUUUUGGCAUUCUCUGGGCUCGUGACCGGUGUCGCGAUCUGGGCCAUCUGGGGCGGCGAUAUGUUCCCGGCAACAGAAGACCCCAAAGGCGCUCCAGAGACGUGGACGCGCGAGGAAUUGCGCCGGUGGCUGGCGGCGGUAGGUGCCCAAGCACAAGCCAUGGUGCUCAGCUUUGUGCCAGCCGGCGAGAAGCACGCACACGCACAGUAG